UUUUUUUAUUUGCCCUGUUCGUAAUGAGUCAUUUUGACUUUCCUGUAAACAUUCAGUCAUUCGCAAACGCCACCUUCUUUUGCGCCCUAUUACGUGCUUAAAUAAAGCCAAAAUCUUUACCCAAAUAAUAGUAAAGAAAUUAACUAAAUUCAAACUGUGAAGAAAAAUAUUGGGUUUUUGGAGUGGAAGAGAUUAUGAACAUUUUAAUUGUGAUAUCAAAGCCUGGAAAAGAGGGGAGUAUGACCCACAAGAGAGGCCCAGUUACUUUGGACAAUUGCAAUCUAUGGCUUUGAACACCAACUGUUUGACGAAAAUGGCCAAAGAAGAAGUUCACCAACAGCAACAUCACCAACUGGGUCUCUGUCUUUGUCUCUCUCUUUCUCUCUCCCCCAGUUCACUCCCUCAACCUCACCAGUCACCACCACCACCACUGUCCUCUUUUUCUCUCUUUCCAUUUUUCUCUCUGGAUUUUCUUGCUCUUCAUGGACCGAAGUGACAAGCAGCAGCAGCAGCUAUCGUUGGCCAAGUGUGCACGGCAGCGAUGCAAUGAAGAAUGGAUUUUUCGAGAUGUUCCAAGUGAUAUUACCAUAGAAGUGAGUGGAGGGACAUUUCAUUUACAUAAGUUCCCUCUUGUCUCUCGAAGUGGGCGAAUCCGAAAAUUAGUUGCAGAACAUAGGGAUUCUGAUAUCUCAAGGGUGGAGCUUCUUAAUUUACCAGGAGGUGCAGAGUCCUUUGAGUUGGCAGCAAAAUUCUGUUAUGGAAUCAACUUCGAAAUAACAUCUAUGAAUGUUGCUCAGCUGUGCUGUGUUUCUGAUUACCUAGAAAUGACUGAAGAGUUUUCAAAAGAUAAUCUUAAUUCCCGUGCUGAAGAAUAUCUUGAGAGUAUUGUUUGCAAAAACCUUGAAAUAUGUGUUGAGGUUUUGCAACAAUGUGAAAACUUACUCCCUCUUGCAGAUGAGCUGAAAAUAGUUAGCCGUUGCAUAGAUGCAAUAGCCUCAAAGGCUUGUGCAGAGCAAAUUGCUUCAAGCUUCUCACGCUUAGAGUACAGCAGCUCAGGAAGGCUUAACAUGAACAGGCAAACCAAGCGUGAUGAGGACUGGUGGAUAGAAGAUAUAUCUGUUCUGCGGAUUGACUUGUAUCAAAGAGUCAUGACGGCAAUGAAGUGUCGUGGGGUCCGUCCCGAGAGUAUUGGUGCAUCCCUAGUUGGUUAUGCCCAGAAAGAGUUGACAAAGAAAUCCAGCUUAUGGAAUCCAUCUAGCCAGACCAAAGCUGAUUUUCUUUCAGGUUCAAAUGGGCAUGAAAAACUGGUGGUUGAGACAAUUGUCAGCCUCUUACCCGUUGAGAAACUUGCUGUUCCAAUCACAUUCCUUUUUGGUCUUUUGCGAAGUGCAGUUAUGCUUGAUUGUACAGUUGCUUGUAGGCUUGAUCUGGAGAGGAGGAUUGGGUCCCAGUUGGAUAUUGCUACUCUUGAUGAUCUUCUGAUACCUUCUUUUAGGAAUGCAGGCGAUACUUUAUUUGAUGUUGAUACAGUUCAUAGAAUUUUGGUAAAUUUCUCACAGCAAGAUGAUAGUGAAGAUGAUAUGGAAGAUGCCUCUGUUUUUGAAUCUGAUAGUCCUCAUUCACCUUCCCAAUCUGCAUUGUUCAAAGUUGCAAAAUUAGUGGAUAAUUACCUUGCCGAAAUUGCUCCUGACGCAAAUCUCAAGCUUGCUAAGUUCAUGGUCAUCGCAGAGGCUUUGCCGACACAUGCACGCACCGUUCAUGAUGGCUUGUAUCGAGCCAUUGAUAUUUACCUGAAGGCACAUCAAAGUUUAUCAGAUUUUGACAGGAAGAAGCUAUGCAAAAUGAUUGAUUUCCAAAAGCUCUCUCAGGAAGCUGGUGCACAUGCUGCACAAAAUGAGCGCCUCCCUCUCCAAUCUAUUGUACAAGUGCUCUACUUCGAGCAAAUAAGGCUCCGGAAUUCCUUGAGCUGUUCUUAUGGAGAUGAAGACCACAAGCCAAUACACCAGUCAUGGCGGAUCAGCAGUGGUGCGCUAAGUGCAGCAAUGUCUCCACGAGACAACUAUGCAUCAUUGAGACGAGAAAAUCGUGAGCUAAAACUUGAGCUAGCGAGGUUGCGGAUGAGACUAAAUGAUCUGGAGAAAGAACAUGUUUGUAUGAAGAGGGAUAUGGAGAAGUCCAAUUCUCGUAAGUUUAUGAGUUCUUUCUCAAAGAAAAUUGGUAAACUGAGCUUCUUUGGACAUAGUUCUUCAAGGGGAUCAAGUUCUCCAUCAAAGUACUCGCAUAGAACAGACUCUAAGGUUAUUGAGAGAACAUGUGCAAGCACAGAAUAGAUCAUCCAAACGCAUGUUCUUAAAUUGACGCCGAAGGGUUGGGUUGUGGCUUUGGUGCAUCGGUGUUACCCCGGCGUAUGUCGUGAUUUGUGAAGUCUGUAUAUGAUGUUGUUGGUUGACAUGAUUUCUUGGAGACUGCAUUUGCCUUGAAGAUGAAGGCUGGCUGCAGUGCCCUUUGGCUUUUAGCAGUUGGUAGAUUUUGCGAUUAGGAACAAUGAAGAAUACUUUACCAGGGACCAAAACUGCCUCACGUUUAACCACAAACCAUGGACACUCAAAUACAUCCGGCCGUGUAAUGGAGUGCCGGGGGUUCCUCCUCAUCACUUCUGCAGCAGUUAUAGGUUCUGUGUGAACCUCCACAUAUCUACCUGGGUGCACCAAUUUCAGCACACCUGUUUCCCUUUUUGUAGCUCCCAUUGUUUCUGUUUCCUUAGCAGAUAUGACUACAGAAAAUUCAAAGGAGAUCAGGGACUUUCAGGUAGCCCCUUUGUUCCUUUUUAUAGUCUCUCCUUUCACUCAAUGACAAAAGUAGGCGGCAAAUCCUAUGAAGGGAUCUUUGGAAAACAUGAAAGUUGGUUCCAAUUGGGUGACUUAAGGUGCACUUAAUAGAGAUAAAUCUGAAG